AUGGGCACCCUGAUCACCAAGGACGACCUUGAUUCCGCUACCUGGAUCGUCGGAGAGCGGGGGGAUAAACACGGUGUCUGUGUUACAAUAUCAGGUGUUGUGGUCAAAUAUGGGCGUCACGUACGCGCUCAACGGGAAGCAACAACAAUAAAUCUCAUACGUGCGGCUUGUCCCCAGGUGCCUGUACCCGAAGCCCUAGAUGCGUGGGAAGAGGGAGAGGGAGAAGAUGCUGUGGGAUAUCUGGCCAUGUCCCGGAUGCCCGGCGCGAUGCUGAGCGAGUGCUGGCCGACCAUGGAGCAACCCCAGCGUGAGCGCGUACUUAAUGAUCUAGAGGGGAUUUUGCAGCAACUUCGGGCGAUAGAGAUACCUACAACAGCUUUGAUUGGUGCUGUUGACGGUGGGCCUGCAGCCGAUGUUCGCGCCCGCCACGCUGAAUUUGGCGGGCCAUUUACAGCCGAGUCUGAGUUCAAUGAAUGGCUUGCCUCUCUAAUCCACCCGGAAUCUAUGCAGUAUCGUGAAAAUAUAAUCACCAACGGCGACCUUGGGCUCUAUAAUAUCCUUGUUAGUAAUAAUGGUAUAAUUACAGCAAUUAUUGACUGGGAGUUCGCGGGCUGGCAUCCUGAAUACUGGGAAUAUCUUAAAAUGGUCCAGUUUUCCCGCGAUCCCGUCUUCAGAUGUUUUGCGCGGGGCUGUUGGAAAGAUAAGGUAGGAAACCAGGUCUUUUUCGACGAGGAGUUUGUCAUCGAUCAGAUGCUGGACGGCCAGGUCAGGCAUGGAAAGCGGGUUAUCAAACGGCCUCGUUAG